AUGAGCUCCACAGCAUCGGAAACAGAGUCCAUCAUGUCCGCUAAUCAGCGGCUUGACACCAGUGCACCCUCCUCACCACCCCGAGAUGAGAGCGUUGAGCCCAUGGACUCUGAAUUCGCUCUUAUCAUGAAGGAAGAGGCCAGGGCCAAGGCAGACAAUGACAAGAAGAACAAGGCCGCGCAGAAGUCGCAGAAUGUGAAGAACCGCAGGAAGCGCAAGAAUGAGCUCUCCAAGGAAGAGAAGCUUAAGUUGGCCAAAGAGCUGGACGAACUCCUCAAGAAGUCCGAGGCUUUCAGCAAAAUGUUGAUGGAAAAGACCCAGGCAAUGGGUCGGGUUGGCACCAGUGUGGCAGGAGAGUCCUUGGGUGAUCACAACCUAUCCUUGACUGCUCAGCCCAAGAUCAUGAAGGGCGGUACCAUGAGAGACUACCAAUUGGAGGGACUCACGUGGAUGAGAGAGGUCUGCCUUCAAGGCUUGUCUGGAAUUCUAGCCGAUGAGAUGGGUCUUGGCAAAACUGUCCAGACUAUCUCGCUUAUUGCAAACCUGAGAGAGGAGAACUACCUUGGUCCUCAUCUCAUCAUUGCACCUCUGAGUACCCUCUCAAACUGGAUGGACGAAUUUGAGAAGUGGUGCCCUUCUCUCCCCGUUGUUCUGUUUCAUGGAGACGCGCAAAAACGCGCGGACAUCAAGAGGAAGCACUUGACGCCAAAUAUGAAAAAUGGCAACCCCACAAAGAAGUUCCCUGUAGUAUGCACAUCCUACGAGAUGGUCCUGAGAGAGAGGGCCACUCUGAGCAAGUUCAACUGGGCAUUCAUCAUCAUUGACGAAGGCCACCGUAUGAAGAAUUUCGAAUCCAAGUUGUUCCAAGAGUUGGAGACUUUCGCAUCCGCGACCCGCAUGCUCAUCACCGGAACUCCCCUGCAGAACAAUCUCAAAGAGCUCUGGGCUCUUCUUCACUUUCUGCUGCCCAUGAUCUUCAAGAGUUACGAGGCUUUUGAGGCAUGGUUCGACUUUGACGACCUCCAGGACGAAGAGGGCGCACAGGAAUUCAUCGCCGACCGCGAGAACCAGGAGUUGAUCAAGAAGAUCCACGUCAUCCUUCAGCCGCUUCUGCUUCGCCGCGUCAAAGCGGAUGUCGCUGCGCAUCUUCCUAAGAAGCGCGAAUAUGUUCUCUUUGCGCCCAUGACAAAGGAGCAGACCGACAUGUACAAUGCCAUCAGCGACAAGGAUGUUGAUACUCGCGCCUUCCUGGAGAAGAUGGUCAUCAGCCGUCUGACUACUGUCGCCACUCCUGUCAAGAAAGAGAAGCUCGCUAUUAAGGAUGUCGAAAUUCCAAUCCGAAGCAGUCCUAGAAAGGUACAAGGUGAGGCAGUAUCGGAGACCAAGAAGCCCAAUGCUUUCUCGGCGAUGAUGAGCAGGGCUAGAAGUUCGUCUUCAAAGCCCCAAGAAGCCGCCAAAGCGACGCCAAAGGCUUCGUCAAAGCCAUCCUCCCGCGCUGGCUCUAAGCGCAAGGAGGCGCCCACCCUCGAGACUCCCCAGUCCAAGAGCGCCAAGUCAUCAAGACAGUCGACACCUUCGACCACUACCCGAGGCCGAGUCACUCGUGGCCGUCGCCGCUACGCCGAGUCCGACCCCGAUGAUGAAGACAAGCUCUCCGAUGAUGAGUUCGAGGCGAAGCUUGCCAGAGAAGCUGAGGAAGUUGACAAGGAUGACGACGACUCUGCCGUCGCUCUUUCCCCUGAGGAACAACACAAUGCCAACAUCCUAGACCAGGCCAAAAAAGAAAUGUCAACCAAGAGGCUUGGAAACCCCAUCAUGCAACUUCGUCUCGUGUGUAACUCCCCACACAAUUUCUUCGAUCCUUGGGGCUACGAGGGAGGUCCUCCCGUCGACGAGAGCAUCGUCACGUCAUCUGGUAAGAUGCUGAUGCUAGAUCGCCUUCUCCCUGCCUUGUUCUCGAAGGGUCACAAGGUCUUGAUUUUCAGUCAGUUCAAGACCCAGUUGGAUAUUCUCCAAGAUUACUGUGAGCUUCGGAAGUGGAAGGCCUGCCGGCUGGACGGUUCUGUCUCCCAGGAAAGCCGUCGUGACCAAAUCAAGGAGUUCAACGAGAAUCCUGAUUUCAAGAUCUUCCUUCUAUCGACGCGCGCCGGUGGCCAAGGCAUCAAUCUCGCAAGCGCCGACACUGUGAUCCUCUUCGACAGUGAUUGGAACCCGCAGCAGGAUCUCCAGGCGCAGGAUCGCUGCCACCGCAUCGGUCAGACGCGCCCUGUCAUUGUGUACCGCCUCGCUACCAAAGGCACUGUCGAGGAGGAGCUUCUCAUGAGUGCUGACGCUAAGCGUCGUCUCGAGAAGCUGGUCAUCAAAAAAGGGUCGUUCAAGACGAUGGGACAGAAGAUUGACUUGAAGGAAGACCUCGACAACGAGACGCUAAAGUCUCUGCUCUUGAAGGAUGGUCAGAUCUUCAAGCAUUCGGGCGAUCACGAGGUCUUGAGUGACAAGGAUCUGGACGUUCUAUGCAACAGAAGCGAUGAAGCCUACUCCAAGGCGGCCGAGGGUACCGCCAACGCCGACGGCUACAAGGUUAUCGAGACUAGUUCCGACGGCAUCACCAUUGCUGGUCAGUCUUCUGGUUAA